AAGCUCAGAAAAGUCAGAAGAGCAGAGGGUGGGGGAGCAAUCUGAAGUGACACGCCAAAGAAGAAGAAGCUGGAAGAGAGAAAAAAAGAAGUUGAUUUUGGCAGAGCAAGAAGGAAGAGAGCCUAAUUAUUUUAUUUUGAGUUUCUGAGAGCUACCUACCACCAACAAAAAUACUAUAAAGUAGCAGCCAACGGAUCUGAGGAUUUAGGGACUCUCUCUGAGAAAGGAAAGCUCACAGAGGAAAACUAAUCAGGGGAAAAAAAAAAAAACUAGAGAAACCAGACACGUUUAGCAGUUCUAGUGCUAUCAGGAUGCUACUUCAGUGUCUUUUCCUGCUAAUGAUUCUGCAUUCCCCCACAGUAUAUCCACAGAAAUUCUCAGCACUCACGUUUUUACGAGUUGACCAAGAUAAGGAAUGCAACGUGGAGUGCACGGGCUCACCACAGAAGACACUGUGCGCCUCGGAUGGGAGAACAUUCAUGACUCGGUGUGAAUUUCAAAGAGCCAAGUGCAGAGACCCUCAGCUAGAGAUAGCAUAUAGAGGCAGCUGCAAAGAGGUUUCCAGAUGUGUGGCAGAGAGGAAGUACACCCAACAGCAGGCAAGGAAAGUCUUCCCACAAGUGUUUGUCCCCGAGUGCAACGAAGAUGGCACAUACAGUCAGGUUCAGUGCCACAGUUACACUGGUUACUGCUGGUGCGUCACUCCCAAUGGAAGACCCAUCAGCGGCACAGCAGUAGCCAAUAAAACACCUCGAUGCCCAGGGGCAAUACCUGAAAAGUUACCCCGCAGAGAAGCUGGAAAAACAGUCUCCUUGCAAAUCUUUUCCAUUCUGAAUUCAGAUGAUUCAACCGCUGCGGCAUUGGACCCACAACCACAGGGGGAUGAAGAAGACAUAACCUCUCAUUAUCCAUCACUGUGGACGGAACGAGUCAGAAGCAGACAGACAAACAGAACUAGGAAUCCAGCUUCCUCAUGUGAUCAGGAGCACCAGUCGGCUCAGGAGGAUGCACGGCAGCACAAAAACGAGGCCAUCUUCAUUCCCGAAUGCGCCAACGGUGGCCUGUACAAGCCUGUGCAGUGCCACCCCUCCACCAGUUACUGCUGGUGCGUGCUGGUAGACACGGGGCGCCCCAUCCCUGGCACGUCCACGAGAUACGAACAACCAAAAUGUGAUGGGAAUGCAAGAGCGCAUCCUACAAAACCAAAAGAUCAUUACACAAGCCGACCUCUUCAAGGCUGCCCAGGAGAAAAAAAGAACGAGUUUCUUACCAGCGUCUUGGAUGCUCUGUCAACAGACAUGGUGCACGCAGUCUCUGAUCCAUCGUCAGCAAGCAGGAUCUCAGAGCCGGACCCUAACCACACGCUGGAAGAGCGGGUGGUCUACUGGUACUUCAACCAGCUGGACAAGAACUCCAGCGGGGAUAUCGGCAAGAAAGAGAUCAAGCCCUUCAAAAGAUUCCUGCGCAAGAAAUCCAAACCCAAGAAAUGUGUGAAAAAGUUUGUGGAGUACUGCGACAUGAACAACGACAAAACGCUGUCGGUGCAGGAGCUCAUGGGGUGCCUAGGAGUGACUAAAGAAGAAGCACCUAAAAACACUGGAGAAAGCACUUCAACAAACAAACAGCAUGCCUCAAAGAAGCAAGGCUGAAAUGAUGAACUGCUCGUGGCAAGUCUUUCGUUUCGGGGAGAAUUCCUCACCAAAUGGCAAUGAAAAUCUAGUAUUUGCACUUUGUACUUUAAAUGUAAAUUCACUUUGUAGAAACGAGAUAUUUAAACAGAUUUUUUAAUCUGUGAAAGACGUAGGUAACUUGUUGUUGUCAUUUUUUUUUUUAAAGAAAAUUAUCACAUACAAUGUAUGUGUCCUUUUUGUCUAAAAGCUAUACUUUUCUGAGUUGUACAAGUUUUCAUUUAAAGUAAGUUUUUUUGUUUGUUUGUUUGUUUUAUGGUUGGUUAAAAAUUGCUUGCAAAAAUACUAAAUCUUGACACCAGAUUUUGACCGUUUCAGAAGCAAUCAUGAGAAUGAUCUGCUGUGGUGAUUUACGAUUUGAACACAUUUCAGAGCUUGAGGUAUAGUGUUUUUAAAGUGUGAAUGAAAUAUGUGAAAUGUUGCAAACACAAUUUUGCUAUUAAAAAAGAAUA